AUGACUGAAGUGUGGUCAGCUUCUAAACUUGCUAUCUCUGAAAGUGAGAAAAAGUUGAUCGAUCAAAAAUAUAAUGUGCGGCCGUUUUUACAAGCACCACUGUCAACGGUCACCAACAACGUUGUCAACUUACAAGUAAUAGAUCUGUCCAAGUUCACCUAUGGGCAAGAUGGUCUUGAAAUUCGAAGAUCACUAGCUGCUCAGUUAGAAAAGGCAUUGACUACUCAGGGCUUUUUUUCUGUAAUUGGCCAUGGAUUUCAGGAGGAAAAACUUGAAGCACUUCGUGCUUUCACGCAAUCGGUCUUUGAACUUCCUCAAGAGAUCAAAGAUCAAUAUAUGGCCGGAGAAAGAAAUUCUGAGGAGGAGAAAAAUAAAUCACUAGGAAUAGUACGAGGAGCUGGAUUUAAACCCCGUGGCUACUGGGUAUUUCAGAAUGGUGUAAGAGAUAGUUUAGAACAUUAUAACUUCAGAGACAUGCUACACGAUGACCAUUUUGUUAAACGACACUACCCUGAGUUGGUUCGCUCUUACCUUCAGGAAGUCGCAGAAUUUUAUCGAUAUCUUCAUUAUGUGGUGCUCAGAAAAAUACUUGUUCUCUGUGACAUCAUCUUAGAACUUCGUGAGGGUACUUUAUGGGGAAAUUAUUUCAAGGUAAUUGAAAAUGACCUUCGGAACUCUGGAGCUGGAUUCGGUAGAUUUAUGCAGUACUACAGCACUAGUCAAAAGGAUGACGAAAAGAGUGGCAAGACUUGGCUCCGUGGACAUUCAGAUGCCAGUGGCUUUACCUUCCUGACUUCUCAGCCGAUCUUGUCAUUACAGAUCUUGGAUUAUCAGAGCAAUGAAUGGAAAUAUGUCAACCAUGUUCCUUCGGGAUUGAUAGUGAAUGUUGGCGAUGCUUUGAAAUUUCUCACUGGAGGCUACUUCAAAUCUUGCAUCCACCGCGUCACAACACCACCAGACGAUCAGCGAAACUUCCGUCGUAUGACACUUGUCUACUUUUGUGACCCAGCUCUUACGACUGUAAUCGAUCCCGAUGGCCUUGAAUCGCCGAAGCUGAGAAGACAGGGGAUCAGCACUCCAUCUAAUUGGCAAAAAAUCACUUUUGAGCAAUGGGAUGAAGAGAAGGGGAAAAUGCUAAAUACAAAAGAAGGGGACAAGAAGAAGCCUGUUCCACUCUUUGGACGCUCGUCUAUCAUCCAUCUGCCUGCGAAUGUUGCAGUGACUACGGAUAAGCUUUAA